AGUUGAGUAUGCAGACGGUGGGUACUUUACAGUUGCGUCAUGAUAGUCCCUGUGAUAGUCGUAGACGGAAGUUUAAGCAGAGCACAUGAUAUAAUUUGAUCAGUAUUGAUAAAACAAGAGUUUUUAUAUUGUUUAGAAAACACACAGAUAAACAAUGAAUACUUCAUGGAAAAAUUCAAAGGAAAUAGAUAUCCCAGAAGAGGCUCUUAAACAAACAUUAGAAGAUAAUGUAUCAAUGUCAGAUGUACUUUAUGCGAAAGCAAAGAAAUCACCUUUUCUUGUAGCAGGAAUGGUAGGUUUCGUGGCUGUAGGUGGAAUAGGUGCCUAUAAGUGGAGAACAAGAACAAUACCAGUAUCAUUAUUCCUGAUACAACUUCGAGUUGCUGCUCAGGGUACAGUUGUAGGUUGUUUAACUAUAGGAAUGUUACAUCAGAUGUAUAAAGGAUAUCAACAGAUGCAAGAGAAGAAAGAAUAG